CUUCGUUCGGUGAAAUAUUUCACCAACACUGUUUAAAUUACAUCACUCAAAACAAAUGGUGCACAGUUGUAUAUAAAUUGUUUUAGUAAUAUAAAAUUCCUGAAUGCCAGCAGCAGAAUCAUCGCAACCGACCGGUAAAGAACCGGUACCUUGCCGAACAUGUGUGGAUUUUAAAUCGUGGUCAAAGCAACAGCGGAAAGCUCUAUCUACCAAUGCAAGUAACAACAAACCGUCAGAGGUAGCAGUAUCUAAUGUCGGAGAUAAUUCCAAACCGACGGAUUCCCCUCCUAGUGGUCCUCCUGCACACUGUCCCUUGGAUAAAGAGCGCCUAGGGCAACACACAUGGGGUUUGUUACACACGAUGGCAGCCUACUUUCCUGAUAGCCCUACCAACGAAGAGCAAAACAACGUCCGGCGUUUUUUUGAUUCGUUUGCAAAGGUUUACCCGUGUGAAUACUGUGCGAAGGAUUUUCAAAAUGAACUGAAAAAGUCGCCACCAGAAACAAACUCGCAGCAUUUACUAUCACAGUGGCUUUGUCGUAUGCACAACAAGGUCAAUGCAAAGCUGGGGAAGCCAGAGUUCGAUUGUUCUAAGGUAAACGAGCGUUGGAGAGAUGGUCCCAAUGACGGCUCCUGUGAUUAGAUGGUGCCCCUGAAUGCCCCAUGAAUUAAUUUUUAAACUUAUUUGUAAUGAAUAUGCAAUAUAGCAUUAAUUAUUAUUACUUUCAA